CUCCGAAACUGACGUCACAGCGGAAGACGUCAUCUCGCCGCUGCCUCUCAAGCAAACCGGUAGUAAGGGUUACUAUUCACUAAACGUGGUUGUCUAGUUGACUUUCUAGUUAUUUUGCCUCGUGUUCUCUAUACGGUCGGCGCCGCUAUAAUUUGGGAGACUCUCGUGAUGGAAAUUGCACGCGCGGAAACAUGCUUGAUAACAGGAGGCUGUGGAUACUUCGGCUAUCGCCUGGCGGCUCAUCUGCAUAAGAAUGGUGCCAAAGUCAUCCUGUUUGACGUCGUCCCUCCGAAGAGUGACGCGUUGGAGGGAUUUACAUUUGUCCAAGGAGAUAUCCGAAGCUACGAGCAAGUGGUGAGUGCCGUUUCGGGCGUGGACUGCUUGUACCAUGUGGCCUCCUACGGCAUGUCCGGCCGGGAGCAGCUAAAGCGGCUUCGCAUUGAGGAGGUGAACGUGGACGGCACCCGGAACGUCCUGGACGCCUGCAUUCAGUGUGGCGUACCGCGACUUGUUUACACCAGCACUUUCAACGUGGUCUUCGGAGGUCAGGAGAUACGCAACGGAGAUGAGAACCUCCCGUAUCUGCCGCUCCAUCUCCACCCGGACCACUAUUCCCGGACUAAAUCCAUAGCGGAGAUGGCUGUCCUCAAAGCUAACGGGACAGCGCUUAAGGACGGUUCCGGGGUGCUGAGGACUUGCGCCCUGCGCCCGGCCGGAAUCUACGGGCCCGGGGAGCAGAGGCACCUGCCCAGGAUCGUGGGCUACAUCGAGAAAGGGAUCUUCAGCUUCGUCUACGGGAAAGCCAGCAGCUUGGUGGAAUUCGUCCACGUGGACAAUCUGGUGUCGGCGCACGUGCUCGCCGCAGAAGCGCUGACCGCCCGGAAGCGUCACCGUGCCGCUGGACAGGCCUACUUCAUUUCUGACAGCCGCCCUGUCAAUAACUUUGAGUUCUUCAGACCCCUGGUGGAAGGUUUGGGGUACCCUUUCCCAACGCUGCGCCUCCCCGUGACCUUGGUUUACUUUGCCGCCUUUCUCAUCGAAACCAUCCACCGCCUGGUGGCACCGCUCUACGAUUUCCAGCCGCUGCUGACGCGAACCGAGGUCUACAAGACGGGCGUGACGCACUACUUCAGCACGGCCAAGGCCGAGGGCCAGCUGGGUUAUCGGCCCAAGGAAUAUAACCUGGAUGAGGUGGUCCGUUGGUUCCGGAGCAGGGGACACGGGAGGAAGCGGCAAAGCUCCCGCGCCGGUCAGCUGGUAGUGAACGUUUUGGUUGUUGCUGCUUUUAUGGCGGCGUUGCUCUCUUUUCUACCAGUUGUCGGCAACUGAUGAUCUUUUCUUUUUUUUUUUUUUUAAUAUAUUUUAUACACUUUCCUCCCUAUUAGUAUCAAGCUAAUGCAAUUGCACUUUUGCAAUGUUUUGGCCUUGGUAUUUUAUUGAGUUCAGAAUAUCACAGCUAUCCAAUUUUAGCCAUUUGCUUGCGAUGUUACAACCCAGCUUCACCCCACACGAAGCUGGCUGGCCGAAGAAGAAGAAUUAAACAGUUCCUUCUAAAUGUGCCUAAAGGAUCUUGGCUGUAAAAAAAAAAAAGGUGUUUGUUUACAUUCAGUGAUUUGUUGUAUUUAUUUGGAAACCUAAUGGAAUCUUAUGUGAUAUUUUUACACUCUUUGCUUUGGUUGAGGAAAUAAAAAUGUCAAAUCAGCCAGGGAUAUCUAUGAUGAAUAAAAGUCCGCUAUGCAAAAGUGCAAUUUAAA